AGAUUGAGAUGAUGUGAGACGCAAGAGAGAUCCAGAGUAAGAAGAAAACUAUUACCAUGGAAACGGAUGGAAGCUCUACUCAUCAUCUCUCGGUGUGUCGCACCUCUACCGUAGACUCCACCACCUCGACCAACACAAACUCAUCCUGUGACGACGCCCAGCAGGAUGAGGUCAAAGGUGAAAGGUCACGCCAACAUGAAACUGAACAUUGUGUUGUUGAUAACACCCCAGGAGAGGCAAGGAGGCCCUCUGUUGGGCUACGAGAGACAAGAAUCAUCAUCAGUCAGGAUGAUGGGGUUGCCGUUGACAACGAGGGUGUGGUGGAGGAUGAAGAGGAAGAGGAAGAGACAAGAAAAAGGGCGGAGUCACUUCAUAAGCUCCAUCAACAGCAUGCAUUAGAUUCUUGGGAACAAGAAGGUGAUUCAGCAAGUUCAAGCAGUCGAUCCUCUUCCACGACCAGAAUAUCACCACGUCUGUCUCCAUCCCCUUCCCACCGGUCUCAUUACCACAUUAGACAUACCAGCAGCUCAUUAUCAUCACCAUCAUCUUCAGCACUUCCAAACAUCAAUAGCUCCAUCUCUUUGAUGUGCUUGGGGAGUUCAGUGAUGAAGGUCAAACGUCAAGGUCGUACGUCAUCCAAAAUGCUGUACCUUGAUAACACCAGGUCUCACAUCCGAUGGAAACCGUCCAAGAAGGGCCACAAGGCUAUAGUUCACGUCAAGAACGUCCGGGAGAUCCGAGAGGGGGCUGGCACGGACGUCUUCAAGAAGCACCUAGCCAGCGCGGCAGGGCACAAACCAAGUCAUUGCUUCUCCAUCAUCCACGGUACCAGCUGGGAGUCAUUGGACAUCAUAGCCGGGUCCCUCAACGAGGCCCAGGCCUGGAUCAGAGGUCUGAGGCAUCUGAUGGAACAGGCUCAGGAAGAGACCGCCCAGAGUGAUCAACUCAGAGACUCAUGGUUGAAAUCAGUAUUUGAGUCUGCAGAUAAAAGUGGUGAUGGUCUCCUCAGCAUGGAUGAAGUUUUGAAACUCCUUCACAAACUAAAUGUCAACCUUAGCAAAAGGAAAGUCAAGCAGCUUUUCAGGGAAGCCGAUACCAACAUCGACGAGCACUUGGGCAAGCUGGACUUUGACGAGUUUGUCCACUUCUACAAGACGUUAUCGAUGCGCCCUGAACUCUAUGCGCUCCUCAGGGAAUACAGCUGCGGGAAGGAGCAUAUGACCCUGGAAGACGUAGACGUAUUUCUGAGAAAUGAACAGGAUAUCAACAUGCUGAAUGAAGAGGCCUGUCGUAGCCUCAUACAAAAGUAUGAACCUGUCCCAGAGAAUGUGUGUAAUGGCAGAUUGGGCAUUGAUGGACUAAUGAGGUACCUCUUGAGCGAUGAGGGUGACCUCUUCAACUCAGGUCAUCGAGGGGUCAACCAGGACAUGACCCAGCCCCUGUCACACUAUUACAUUGCCUCGUCACACAACACGUAUCUACUCGGCGAUCAGCUGAUGUCACAGUCUAGUGUGGAUGUCUAUGGUCUAGUCCUCCAGGCUGGAUGCAGAUGUGUUGAAUUGGAUACGUGGGACGGAAAGGACGGUGACCCGGUCAUCUACCACGGCUACACACUGACCUCCAAGAUCAAGUUCCGAGACGUCAUCACGGUGGUCAACAAGUAUGCGUUUGUGUCCAGUCCGUACCCGGUCAUCCUGUCCAUUGAGAACCACUGUACAUUGGAACAGCAGAAAAAGAUGGCUAGAUAUCUAUUAGAAAUCCUGGGUGAUCAGCUGAUCAUAUCGAGUCCACCUGAAAGGGGUCCUGACGGUCUUCCCUCUCCUGAUUCACUCAAAUAUAAAAUCCUCAUCAAGGCCAAGAAGCUUCCAUUAGACCACGAUGCUGAUCUAGAGGCUGGUGAAGUGAGUGAGGAAGACAGUGCCGAUGAACUUGAUGAAGAUUUCAAGUUGGAAAAGACAGAGACGAGAAGUAAGUUUGAAUCCAUUGCCAUGGCACAGCUUGCCUUGAUGAGGAAGAAACCUAUCUCACCAUCGCAACAGGCAUGGCAGAGGAUAGCACACAAGCUUAAGGAAAAGAAUACUGAAAACAAGGCUUCCAGGAAUGGCAGGACAGGUCUCACAGGAACCUUCAAAAAGUUAAAAGCCACCAGAAGGAGAGCCAAGCUUCAGCAUUCAUCAGAGUCAGAAAACAACAGCAGUAUGGAAUUUGAUCGAUCAUCAUCCCGUGACGAUGACCUAGAAGGUUGCACCAAUGAAAACCAACAUGCAGAGCAUCGGAAACGACUCAGCUCCACAAACCGGAAGAGGGCGUUCGUUCUCUCGAGACAGCUAUCCGAUCUUGUCAAGUAUACCAGAUCAGUUGCCUUCAAGGGCUUCCCUGAAAACAUGCCAUGUUGGGAGCUGCCCUCACUUGGUGAGAUGAGAGCAAACAAUCUAGCAAUGACAAGAGCUCCGGACUUUGCAAACUUCACAACACACAACCUCUGUAGAGUCUACCCAUCAGCUUAUCGGAUCGACUCCAGUAAUUUCAAUCCUCAGACCCUCUGGAACUGUGGAUGCCAACUGGUUGCUCUCAACUACCAAACUGAAGGCCGUGCUAUGCAAUUACUGAGAGCUAAGUUUAGAGCCAAUGGAAACUGUGGUUAUGUACUCAAACCUAGCAUCCUCAGACAAGAUAAAGUCCAUUUUGAUCCAACGUCCAAUAAUGCCAUCGCCGGUGUCCAGAAAAAACAGCUGACCAUUCAUAUAAUCAGCGGUCAACAGCUUCCUAAACCACCACAAAGCCUGCUUGGAGAACGUGGAGAGAUCAUCGACCCCUACGUGGAAGUAGAAGUGAUAGGUCUAAAUGGGGACUGCACCAAGGCACAGACAAGGACCGUUCAAGACAAUGGAUUCAAUCCAGUCUGGGACUAUGUAGUCACAUUCCCAAUCACCCUACCAGAGCUUACACUCGUCAGGUUCGUUGUAUGGGAUGAAGAUCCUAUCGGUAGAGACUUCAUUGGCCAGGCAACCUUCCCUUUUACAAGCCUUUGUCAAGGAUACCGUCACAUCCAUCUUGAAGGUCUUGACCAUGCCACGAUCUUUGUACAUGUCACCAUUGAAGACUUCACUGAAAAGAAAUACAUCAAGAACAGUAAAGGCCUGCGCUCUGCUUCCAUCACACGAAGCACUUCUUCCCCGAGCCGCGCCCGUACCAAGUCCGUUGACACAGAGGUCAGUCUCAUGACCGGUGGAAGCCCCGCCCACCAGGCCUCGCCCAAGAGACGAACUUCCCUAGCAGAAAGGCUUGGUAUCAGGAGGAGACACAGCACCACUGCACUCCUGGUUGAAGGUAUCAUGAAUGUUGGCGGUGGCAGCGGUGGGAUCAAGAGUCCUACUUCACCCACUUCCACACCCACCUUCGGUAUGCUGAGGCAGAAGAGGCGGAGCUACGAAGGGGAGAUGCGGAAAGGUCGUCCAAACGGUGACGAGGAAACAUGUGAAGAUGUUUUUGGUGAUGAAGACUGUGACUUGAUUCCCAUUGACUGCGAUGCCAUUUUGGAUCGUAUCAUGACGAGUGAGGUUGGCGUAGAGCUAGAAGCAGAUGGCAGUCUGAGCGUACCACUCAAUGAGAUCAUGCUCAUCCUCAAUCUAGGAAUAUCUCCCUCACAAAUCAUCCAGGUGAUUCAAGAUGGUCGUUUGAGCCUCAGACCGGCAGUACUUGAUGUUCAUCCACUUAGACCAACAGGGGAUGCCUUGGAUGUUGAAUCUGGAGAUGGAGUGGACUCUAGUCCAAGGAGCUCUCAAGGAGAAUUAGGUAGUGGAAUCCUUUCCAAGUCAGAACACUGUGUUGCUAAGCCACCUGCUACCCUGAGUAGAGUAUUAGAUGAUGAUGAUGAUCUUGUGUUUCCUACAAAUAACAAUGAUAUCUCCACCGAGAUGGAAGCACUUCUGUCUGCCCGCUUUACAAAGGAGAGAUUAGCCUUUGGGAUGAUGUCCUAUGAUGAGUGUUCUUCUACCGAAGACUGCUCUAGUCUAGGAUCUGCUGAAGAGAUUGUGGUAGACUCUCCAAUGACUGAUCAUGUGAUCAAUAAUGCAUCAUGUGAUAAUGUAAACAAUAAAUCAUCAACUGACCAUGUGAUCAAUAAUGCUUCAUGUGGUCAUGUGAUCAAUAGCUCAUCAACAGAUCAUGUGAUUAACAAAUCAUCAAGUGAUCAUGUGAUUAACAAUGCAUCAUGUGAGCAUACAGUCAAUAGCUUAUUAACCAAUCAUGUGAUUCAUAAUUCAUCAGGUGAUCUCUCAGGUGAGAAUAGAUUUGAACCAGGAAAGUAUCAUUCACAGUCGGUUCAGAAAAUGGUUAAAGAAGAUACAGAAACAGGGUUACAACAAGAAACAAAAUCUUCUGAAUACAAUGUAGAAGGUACAAGUAAAUCAGAUGGGAUUCUGGACAAUCCCGGUUUCCAGGAAGAUCAGGGUAGCAACUAUGACAAUAAAAAUGAAAUUGUGCAUGUUGCACAACAAGUUGAUAAUAAAUUACAUGUAUCUAGAGAUGUUGAGAUGGCAUUAGAGCCAGAUAAGUUGGUCCAAAGUUCAGGUCAAGAAAGUAUUUCUGUAGAUGGAUUUGAGGGUAGGUUUCCAUCAAUCAUGGGGAAUCCUAGUCAUUUAUCUGAAUGUCAUGGGAAAAACCUCUACAACAAUACAUCCAUUAAUACCUCAGAUUUAAGCAAUGUAGGUUUGCUUAAUACAAGUACUUUAGGUAAUACUCUUGAGCAUAUGCAAUAUUCAAAGGACAUAGAAGGGGAUGUAUCUCAAGACUAUGUUGAACAACUAGUGCCAAGUCAGACAGCAGCUGAGCUGGAUUGGAUGCCUCAAGGGCAAAAUGAAAAUUUAGAGCGUCGUAAAACCGAAGAAGAAAUGGGUUCUUUGUCCAACGUUGUAGAUUCCAUGUUUGAUCUUGUAGCCAGUCUAGCAAAACAGGAGAGGGAAUUACAAUCUUUAGAAGAAAGAAACAGAGUGAGGGAAGAGAUAAAUGCAAAUGUUGGCCCGACUGACAGGGUAGGAAACCUACAAAAUGAUGGUGUCAAAGACCCACCUCCAGAUGUAGUUCCAUUGGACCCUACUGAGGAUGCCAAACUGCAAGUGCAAACAGUAACAACCACACCUCCAGAAUACACUGGAAGUGCAGAGUUCCAUGAUGGAGAUUGCAAGCAAUCAAGACAAUUGGAAGGGCUUCACAGUGACUCAGAUUCCCUGGAUGCUUCAUCUUAUCUUCCUGAUUCUACUAAUAGUUGGAAUGCCCAUGACAGGCCAAGACCACUAACACUCACAGGGCUCUCACCAGAAACACCACCACUGAAGAGUACAACCCUUAUUUCACAAGAGAAAGAAGACAUGCUAUGUGAUGUAGAUCCUGUGGAACAUGGUAAGGUCACAUCUACCAGCACUUCUUCUAGUCAGAUUCCUCGAAAGAAGUCAUUGUUGAAAGUUCUUAGUGAGCUUCUACAAAAGUAUGAAUUAUUCGAUGCCAAGCCAACAGAUUCAUUUAGCAAAGGGAUAAGAUCAUCACUUAAAAAGAAGUUCAUGACUCAAAGCGUUCCAGACAUCAGCAAGAUGAGCUUCAAGGAUGAUGGGGAAGGCAAGUUCAGUGAGGGUAGUGGAUACCUGAAGGGCAUCAAGAAGAAGGUGUGGUCAUCCAGUAAUCAAGACAUAAGACCUACAAGACUAGAGGGUAAGAGCUUUGAAGAUCUGUGUGGCAUCAUGGAAGAAUCUCAAACAUCACAGAUGGCUCAGAGAUAUACUGACAAUGAGACAACCCAUAGAAGUUGUUCACCAUACAGUUCUGACCUUUCAGCUGAUUUUGUGACUAGGAUGAUUCCUACAGAGGACCAUGAAACUCAUGGCUGUGCACUAAUGAAGGACCAAGAUGUUGAUAAAAGUACUCUUACCACUGUGAUUGUUCCCACAGAGGACAAGGCAGUUCAGACUGAAGAAGUUUCAAGGGUAGUUCCUUUGAAGGACCAAAAGCCUAAAAUCAACAGACUGAUACCAUGGAACCGUGAUGGCCAGCCAACAAGGCCCCUUAGUUGCCCAGUACUACCUCAGGAAACUAGCAAUGAGAGCAAUAAACACAGAAUCGUCUACUUUCAUGAACAACCCAUUGAUAUGCCAAAAGAUUCCCAAUGUUUUAAGCAGAAGAACUUUACAGAAGGACCAAAGUUAAAUGUUGAACAACAAUCAGUUAAUCUUCUUGACCUUGAGGAUAUCAGAGUAACGUUGGCAGAUGUGUCCUCAGAAGAUCCAGAUAGUAGUGAUGAUGUAGGAGACCUGAACAGUCACAUAUGCAUAGUCCAAGGAUGUGACUGUGGAGUCAAUGACCUUUCCAACCUCCUAGACUCUAGUCUGUUGGUUGAAACUUGCUUUACAGGUGAAGGCAAAAGGGUGUAUGAAGCUGAAAAACAGAAAAAGGACAAAUUUCAGAGAAGUGGGGAUGGUAAUGGAAACGAUGAUUCCCAAGAAAUUGAUCAAAUCGCUGAUUUGAUAUUACGUUCUGAUGGCAGGGCUGUUAUCCCUCUGGAAAGCACUUCUAAUGAAUCUAAUGAUGAGGAAUCCAAGACUCCCUUUAGCACAGGACACAGUAUUUCAUCCAUACAUACCCACCUAGGUGGAACUCGCAGGAGCAUAGGUACUUUUAGAAGUGAAUACAAUCGCAGCUUUGAUGACGGUGACAGCACUGAUGAAGAGGGCAAAACUUUGGAGAGUAGCCCACCAAAGACAAUUUCGUGUGAUUCUUAUACCACGGAAGAAACUCCAUCUGGUCUAAAGCAAGAAUUGAUCGUCUGUCUCCCGGAUCUAAAAACUAUUCAAGAAGUUGACAUCCUUGAAGACAGCUUUAGCAGUGAGAGUAUCCCCUCAAUCAGUUCUGAAGAUGGAGCUUCAGCAACAGAACAUAUUGAUACAGAUCCAGAACAUCUUGACAAUUCAAUAGACCAUGUAGGGCAAAUAAUAAUGGAUGAAGAGAGAGAUUCUCAGGAUGGAGUCCUCACACCUACUAAUGUUAUUCAUGAUCUGUCUUCUUCAGAGACAGAAACUGAUGAAGAAGAAAGAAGUCCUUGCCAAGGUGUUCAAAAAGAAGAUGAUGUCAAAGAUGGAGCGAGACCUAAGAGCAUUAGCAGCGAAUCUUCUUAUGAUAUGUUUAAGUCUUUGGAGGAAUUGAGUUCAGUGCUAGAUGAUGAAUUGCUUCGUGGGAGGAAUUAUGGCAGAAGAUCUACUACCUCCAGUACAUCCUACACAUCCCAUUCCAUCCUGCCUUUCAAAGAAAUGACACCUAUCAAAGGUGAUGAUACAAGUCCCACAAGUUCUGAUGCUGAGAAGAGCGAGGAUAUGAGGGAUGUUAAAAGUAGGAUCAAUCUGUUUUCUGAAAAAAGAGGCAACAUUGCAUUUGCUAGGCCUGAGAAGCUACCUGCAGAUUUACAAAGUGGCAGUAAAGAUUUCUUAAGCUCCGAAAAGGGAAGAGUCCAUGAAAAACCGCCAGUGCCUGCAAGACCCCUGAUAGGAAGUGCCAUUUCAGUCAGGUUCUUGGGUCCGAUCCCUCGCCAGAUGUCUGCAUACACCUACAGUGAUUCUGAUUCAGAUUAUGAUUCAACAACAAGUGGCUCAUCCCAAGAGACUGUGGUGGAGCUCAUUCCUACUCCACUGCAACUUGCAAAGCCGCUGGCCAAGCCUCCAGUCCCACCUAAAAGUCCAAAAGUCAAGGUGCAGCUAGUGAAACAAGGCUCUAAAGAAAAACCUCCAGUCCCUCCCAAGCCACAGCACUAUAGAGCUCUCGUUGCAGAAAAAAGAGCCAAAGAACUCCAAAAGAGUAAAAGUCUUGAAACAUCCUCUGAUAUUAAUUUUCCGCAAUCGCCUUCCGCCAAUAAAAGUCAGUCUGAAUUCAAGUUUAAUGAUGAAUCAUUUGCAGUUAGAGGGCAAUCAGGGCCCAUCAGUGAGAAUGGCCACAAAGAAGUAUUUCCCUCAGGAAUCCUAUCCCCUGGGUUAGUGAAUUCCUUGGCAAGUAUCCCACCAUUGUCGUCCCCUACUGCAAGGGAUCCUAGCCCUCCCAAAGGCACCACAUCUCUAGAAGGACAUUUGGAAGACAAGUACAGUGUGACAACAAGAAGGAGAUGCAGAGUCAAGCCACCGCUUGAACAUCGACAUAGUACAGGUUCUUUAUUCUCUCUGGCUGAUCUCCCAAGCAUUAAGGGUGAAGCUGCAGGACUCCCACAGGAAGUCAUCCAGGAAGAAGUAUUCCUUGAUCAGUGGGAUCAGUCUCUUGAGAGUUGGUCUUUGGAUAGAAAGAAACGAUCAAGUCAGAGAGUCUAUUUCAUGCUAAAUGUUUGAGGAAAGAGUGAUCUGUCACUUGCCAUUUUAUACAAGGUUUUGAUAAAUAAUACAUGAUGGUGCCUUUCCUUGCUAUUCCUCCAUGAACAGAUCUAGAUUUCAGAUGAUAUCAUUGAAGUAUACACAAGGCUCAUUGUGCAUAAGUAGAAGUUAUAGAACUAAAAUCAAGCCAGGUUUACCUCAGUGUUAUGCCCUUUUGAUUUCUUUUUUAGAUAUUUUUUGAACUGUUCUAUCAAGCUGCAUUUUCUAUACAAGAGGUUGAGCAAAUUGAAAACUUUAUAUCUGACAGAAACAGUUCUGAAGGUCAAGCGGAACUGCUAUUUGCGGGUUAGAGGCAUUCGAAUGAUGCAUUCCCUGUAUCAAAAUGAGAAGGGCAUAGAAAGGUUUAAUUUAACUGAAUUCAAUUCAUUUCAGUUGAAUUGUUUUGUUUUCCACUUUCAAUUUGUCAUAUUUAUAAUAAUAGUAGAAAUAAGAUUAAUAUUUUGACAACGGUGAGAGUGUGAAGACACCCUCUCUUUCAU